AUGAACGGCGAGGAGCAGUACUACGCGGCCACGCAGCUCUACAAGGACCCGUGCGCAUUCCAGCGGGGCCCGGCGCCCGAGUUCAGCGCCAGCCCCCCGGCGUGCCUGUACAUGGGCCGCCAGCCCCCGCCGCCGCCACCACCCCGAUUCCCCGGAGCCCUGGGCGCGCUGGAGCAGGGCAGCCCCCCGGACAUCUCCCCGUACGAGGUGCCCCCCCUCGCUGAUGACCCGGCCUUGGCACACCUGCACCACCACCUCCCCGCCCAGCUCGCGCUCCCCCACCCGCCCGCCGGGCCCUUCCCAGAUGGAGCCGAGUCCGGCGCCCUGGAGGAGCCCAGUCGCGUCCAGCUGCCUUUCCCGUGGAUGAAGUCUACCAAGGCUCACGCGUGGAAGGGCCAGUGGGCAGGCGGCGCCUACGCGGCGGAGCCGGAGGAGAACAAGCGGACGCGCACGGCCUACACACGCGCGCAGCUGCUGGAGCUGGAGAAGGAGUUCCUGUUCAACAAGUACAUCUCGCGGCCGCGCCGGGUGGAGCUGGCCGUCAUGCUGAACUUGACCGAGAGACACAUCAAGAUCUGGUUCCAAAACCGCCGCAUGAAGUGGAAAAAGGAGGAGGACAAGAGGCGCGGUGGCGGGGCGGCGGCCGGGGGCGGCGGGGGCGCCGAGCCGGAGCAGGACAGCGCGGUCACCUCCGGCGAGGAGCUGCUGGCGCUGCCGCCGCCGCCUCCCCCCGGGGGUGCCGUGCCGCCCGCCGCCGCCCGAGAAGGCCGCCUGCCGCCGGGCCUCAGCGCGUCGCCGCAGCCCUCGAGCGUCGCGCCCCGGCGGCCGCAGGAACCCCGGUGA